AUGCAGACAAUGCAAGAAGUGAAAAAGCUACAAGGUGAGAAGAUCAAUUCGUUAAUGAUCGAGGUUGCUCGGCUGAAUGCGCAGGUGAUGGAGCUCUCGCAUGCCAAGGCUGCGUUGGAGGUCCUGGUUGCAGGUUCGUCUCGUGGAGGACGCCAGGCUGCCGCCGCUGCGGAGCGCGCAGUCAUUGCGACCAAGAAGAAGCGUCAAAAGGACGAGGCAUUCCUUGACACGAUCACCCCGCUUCAACGCGACCUUGUCGUGGUGAUGAAAUAUGCCUCUGAUGACAUCGCGCGUCGUUGCAUGCGCAAUCUUACUCCGAUGGAGCAGUCGCCAGGAAUUGCAGACUAUCGGUGGGUUCCCUCGCCUCUGAAGAUCGCUGAAGGCCAUGGGAUCGGACUGCUGGGAGGCGGCACUCGAGCGGCGGUACCACCACUCGAUGUGGCGAAGCUAGGCAUUACAAACGGCGCACUUUUACCGCCGCAAUUGUCUCCUACCAUUCUGGCUCGCACUGCAUACAAGAUGGCUCUCGAAAGCGGAUCGCUUACCAGUGCUCUGAGAGCAGCAUCCAAGGAGGAGAUUUCAGGCGCAUGCAUCUUCAAUGGCAUCCAAGGGGCAUCUAAGCUCUCUGCGGAGGUGGCUGACAAGGCGUCGUCAUAUAUGUCCAGCCUCAAGCGAACGGUUUGGACCAGGCUGGCCAAGGUGUGGGACGUCACUUGUAUUCCGGUUCAAAACAAGCUGAAGAGUGCCUCAGUCGACUACAUCAUUCAUGCUCUGAACAAUGCUGCUGGCGAAGACGUGAAAAUGAUGGGAAUUGCGUUUGCAGAUGACGACAGCGGCGGGAUCGACAAAAUUAUGCGAGCAUGUAUUGACUGUAUUACCUCUGGUAGCCUAGACCACUGGCGUACAGUGGUGCCGCCUGGGCAUUCAGAGAGCGAUAAUAUUGGAGAGAGUGGCGUUGACAUCUUGUUCGUUUUUGACACCGCUCGGGAUAUUUACAAGGAGUGGGCUGGACUACGAUUGGGAAAAGAGCGCCUCAGGGCUGGCGUAGCAUCAAUUUUGACGCUCGCCCGCCUCGAUGCCUGGAUCGCGACGCGCUGCGUAAUGCAGGUGGCACUGGCGAGGACAGCGCUGGGCAUUGCGACAAAAUUAUCCGACGAUGGUGCAGAGGAGAGCGAUAUACACUCUGCGUUGCUGGAGGUUCUGAGCAAAGGUGGAGUUUCGCACGCCAUGUUCACUGACGUGCUUUCACAUUUGUUACCGAAAGCAACGCUGGGUAUUCACGAAACGUUGCGCGAAAUAGUUGAGAGGGUUGCUCCAGAAGAGCUGGAGAAGACUCUGAUCUCUGAUGCCAGCGGGGAGACUUUUGAGCAUGCAAACGAUACGAGGGAGAUAACCUUUUCGUACGUCUGCCCGUAUUCGAUAAAGGAGGGCAAGGACUGCGACCGCGUCGUUCUCAGACCUUCAGCAUUCAAGAAAUAUGUCUGCGAUUGGAUCGGAGAUGUGUGCGAUGGCUUGGUGGGCGUUAGCGAGCUCACGUCUUCCCAGUUUGAUCCGAUAAGUUUCGACGGCGAGGGGUAGUACUCAAACCUGGAGGCUUGUAAUAGAACGUAAAUACUAGUGCCAUACCAAAAAA